UAGAACAGUCACCUACGACCCUGAAACAACAUGGGGAGGCUGAAUUUUUAUGUCCUUUGGUCUCUGCGAGACGCUCCACGCCAGUUUAUCAGCAAAUCCGACCGAAGGUGCUUCCAAGUCCACAUCCCGCUGCCUCUACCCAAACAGCUGGUCAUCUUUGGUCUUGGAGAGUGGCCAGGCAGUGACACAACAAUCUCAGUCGAUGUUCUGGUCAGUGCAGAGGUACAGUCCCAGAAAAUUGGGACUCUGUCAGUUCAAGCAAGGUGCCUUACCUGGGAAGGUGACUGGAGCACGGACAUUGUCACAGUGGCAGCAGAGAGGGGCAGGAGAGGAGUUUAUGGCAAGAUUGUGCUCACAGUGUGUGGAGAGAUAACUACCUAUUCCUCACAGUUGGGUGAUAGUGUUUGCUUUGCUGAGAUCCAAGUGAAUAAAAUCGACACCAGUGAUUCCACUGUGGGAAAUAAACCGCCAGUUUGGCCUACGGACAAGACACCCAGGCGGACAGUAAUUAAUAAGAGAGGCUACCUGACAUGGAGCUCUGAGGACAUGGACAGCCUUGCUGAGGACAUAGACCAGGCUUCAACCCCCAAGAAAAAGAGACUGUCCAGGAUGAACAGCCAAGAAGAAAUGACAGUGCAGAUAAAGAAUGAGAACAGAGAAGUUUCAGUGUGUCCAUCGGCUCGCUGGAGCCAUACGAUGUGUCUGAGUGACCCUGACACUGCCAUCCUCAUUGGAGGGGAGACGGCAGAUCAAAACUACUGCAAGGACUCCCUGUGGAAGCUUGAGUUAGACAGUGACUUCUGGUUCCCCAUGAACUCCUCUCUGUCUGAAUCUGUACCACUGUGUGCCCGGGGACACUCUGCGACCUAUGACCCAGACUCCAAGUCAGUCUUUGUUUACGGUGGCCUGAGGGAGGGUCAGCGCUACAGCGAGCUGUACAUCCUUAAUACCCUGACCUGGAAGUGGAAACUUGUCACUGCAAAAGGGAAUGUUCCAACUUUGGCAUAUCACUCUGCAGUGUUUUAUAAGAAAGAGCUUUUUGUCUUUGGCGGAGUCCAGCCGGGGCCUUCUUCUGGGGAUAAAUCCUGCAGUAAUGCUUUGUACAUCUUCAACCCAGAGUUUGAACUCUGGUACCAGCCCAUUGUGGAGGGAGACAGACCUCUGCCUCGGUUUGGGCACUCGGCCACGCUUCUCUUACAGAGGUUGAUAAUAUUUGGUGGCCGGAAGACUGCAACCUACCUUAAUGAUCUCCAUGUUCUAGAUCUGGGAUUCAUGGAGUACACAGCUGUGAAGUGUGGGAACAUGCCACCACUGCCUCGAGGGUUUCAUGCAGCACUCCCAGUUUCAGACAACAGGAUUUUAGUCAGUGGGGGCUGCAGUGCAAUUGGAGCCCUGCAAGACUUACAUAUCUUCAGCACUGAUACCAACAUGUGGAGUUCAGUGGCAUCUCCUGUGCUUUGCUCCAAGCCUCGUGCUGGACACAGCAUGAUAAGUUUGGGCUGCUCCUUCCUAAGAGACACUGAGAAGCAUGAACAAGGUAAAAACGUCAAAGUCCGGUGCACAUUGAUGGUGUUCGGUGGCUCGGACUGCUCUGGUACUUUCUACAACGACACAGUCAAGUGCACAGUGGAGGUACCUGGUGACAAGUGACAAGAAGAAAUCCAAGCAGGACAAUUGUUUUCUAAUCUUUAAAAAUGGAGGAUGAUGCUGCAACCUAGUAUGUCCAAGUGUGUUUGUCUUAAGUUAUUUUUCUACUUGGCUCUCUUUCUUUACAUAUUAUAUAAUUGUAAUGAUGUGUUUGACAGCUUAGACUUUACUGUAGCCUCUUUUUUUAUUCCUGAGUCUCUUCAAUAAUCAUCCAUGCUUCCACCAUACAGCCAAUAAGCUGCAAGAGUUGGGCACUUUGCAUAACAAAUCUCUGAUCUGUGUUUUUUUACACAUUACUUCAUGUCCUGUACCUCUUCCUCACAUAUUGGUACAUAUUUGACAGUAAAGUGCUAGACUAGGCAAAAUGGUUAAAAUUUUUAUCAAAAUGCUAAUAAAUAUAUCAAAACUCAG